CCAUUUUCGCUCUCCUGCAUCGUUGUGGUUGUCUUCACCAUGUCGUCACACGACGGUAAUCGCAGCAAGAAGAGGGACAAUUGUGAAGGGGACACAGCUGUGGCCGUCAAGAAAGGGCGACAUGUGGCGAGGAACGAGAAGGCUCUUGCGGAGGGCCCUUGGAGGGGGAGUGCCGCUAUGGAAGAAGAAUGGGUUAGGGAUUUCGAUGCCGCCGACGAGGACAAAGACUUUGUGACCGACACCGAAGUUGGCGGUAAUCGCAGCAAGAAGAGGGACAAUUGUGAAGGGGACACAACUGUGGCCGUCAAGAAAGGAUGGCAUGUGGCGAGGAACAAGAAGGCUCUUGCGGAGGGCCCUUCGAGGGGGAGUGCCGCUAGGGAAGAAGAAUGGGUUAGGGAUUUCGAUGCCGCCGACGAGGACAAAGACUUUGUGACCGACACCGAAGUUGGAGUCGUCAAAGAAGCGUCAGUCCGUGCACAAGAGGCGCUGUGGAUUGACGACACGCGACCAUGUGCACUGCCUCCCCAACCCUGCGCCGGGGAGGGGGUUCGCAAGCCUGAUGUCAUCAUCGAUAUGGAUGCUGCUCAAGCGAUGAGGCAGGUCCAAGCUAAGGCAACUCCAAAGACGGCGCGCGCUGGGGGGACCAUUGCAAGGACACGUGUGACUGUGCCGCCUGACACACAAGAUUGUGAGCAGGUGCAAUCACCCCCAACCACACCACGUGCCCGCAUAGUUCCAGGGGCGGGAGGGGCUGCAAACGUGGCUGUGCAAGGAGGCGUCCAUGGUGCAGCAGGGGCGGUCGAAGGGGCCAAGGAUAGCCUUGGGGAUGGCGAUGACGACGAGCCUUUGGUGAACAGGCAGCGGUGGGGGAAUGCACGAGAUGGGAUCGAGGCUGCAACAAAGUUGUGGGUCGACGACAUCAAGUCUUGGAACGAGACGGAAGGCAAUGGGCUCUUCAAACUCGUCCAGGAGGCGCGACUGUAUUUGCUGGCCAUUGACAGGGGAAUCCCCACUCCCGACAUCCGUCGUAGUAUAGCCCUCCCUCAAGCAAGCAUACCACAAGACAAAAUCGACGAUGGGUCAUAGAUGAAGGCGGCGAAAGACAGGGCCAUCAAAGUGCAGAGCAUCAUCCAUGGGUGGAUCUUCAAGUUCGCUAGUCGCUCACGGGGAUACCGCUCCGCGUACGGGUACGAGUUGAACCACGUGGCGAUGGACAUCACCCGCGUCAUGUGGCUUGGAGAGGACUGGUGCACAGUUGUCAGCCCCGUUGUCUGCCACAUCACACAGGAGAUGGACAUGAAGCCCCCCCUUUGGUUCGUCAGCAUGCACAUCGAGGACCAGGCACGAGGAUGACGAGGUUGCAUGCUACCAAGAG